AUGGAGGAUGAUCUUUUUAUUUUGACUGAUCGUAGUGGCGACGGCGCGGUUACCGUGGAUGAGACCACACACUACUUUGAACGCCACGGCUUCCUUCCGGAAAAGGACGCCCCCCUCGUGCCCUUCAAGGAUGCACUCAUCGAUGCGACGAUGUUUCGGCCGAUGGUAGACCUCUUGUGUGCACACUGCCGGGCUGCGCUUGGUGGCGCCCGGGACGUGUGCGUGUGGAGCAGGCGCUUUACUCCGCUUUCUGCGUCAGCGUCUCCGCGCCUGAAAUGCCCCCCCCCCCCCCCCUGCAGGGUCAUGGAGGACAUAGAGGAGCGCCUCAUGCGGCAUGGCGAGUAG